CUGUGACCAUUUUCUUCCGGAUUGUUUCAGCGAUUUCAGUACUAACAACGAUUGCGUUUGACAGAACAUGGAAACCGUUAGUGCCAGUGCCGCUUUGCCAUAUCUGAGAUCUUGUAAAAAGGAAUGUGAUAAGCCCAUUGAAGGAGAACUGAAAGGUGAAAUUCCGAAAUGGCUGAGAGGCUGCCUCAUCCGCGUUGGCUCAGGCUUACUGGAAGUAGGCGAAGACAAAUUUAAUCAUAUUUUCGACGGUUUAGCUUUAAUGCACCGGUUCGCUUUUCAAGAUGGACGAGUCACCUACCAGAGUCGGUUCCUGAGAAGUGAUUCUUAUUGCAAGGAUAUGAAAGCGAACAGAAUCGUGCAAUCCGAAUUCGCUACACGUGGAAUACCUGAUCCCUGUAAGACGAUAUUCCAGAGGUUUGCAAGUCUGUUCAAUUUGGAGGAAACGACUGAUAAUGAUCUCGUCAAUAUAAUUCUGUUCAGUGACGAAGCAUAUGCGUGUUCAGAAACUAACAACAUAUGGAAGAUAAAUCCAGACACACUGGAAUCCUUGAAAAAGGUGACUCUAAGCAGACAUGUCCCAGUCAAUGUUGCUAUUGCACAUGCGCUCGAAGACACAGAUGGAACAGUUUACAACGUUGGGAGUAGUUUUGGAAUGAAUUGUACUUAUUCCGUACUUAAAUUUCCUCCUAAAGGUAAUUCUUAUACGGUCCCAUUUAGUCAUAAGAAACUGCUGCUGAAGACUAAAAUUUUCUUAUUUUAAUUUUGCUCUUGAAAU